AUGGCUUCAAUGGAGAAGACCACCGGCAACGUGGCCACCGAGAAGGUCACCUCAACACAAGGACAACACAAUGCGGUCGACGAGACGAGCGCGGCUAUCAACAAUGAGCACAACAUGUCGGUCCGGCAGUCCUUGAGAUUCUGGUGGAAAGCGAUCGUAUUCUCAUUCGUCAUAUCGCUUUGCGUUGUGAUGGAAGGCUACGAUACAAGUCUCAUGAACAAGUUCUUCGCCUUUCAACCAUUUCGAAACAAGUUCGGCGAUGAGAUUGAUGCCGAUGGCAACAAGCUUGUCUCUUCGAGAUGGCAGACCAUCAUCCUUAAUGGUACUCAGGUCGGAUGCAUUCUCGGUCUCAUCGUCAACGGUUAUAUCACUGAAUGGAUUGGAUACAAGAAGACAAUGAUCGGCAGCAUGCUGUUCAUGACUGGCGCCAUCUUCAUUCCGUUCUUCUCUACAGGACUGGAGAUGUUCCUUGUGGGAGGCAUAAUCCAGGGUCUCCCAUGGGGUGUCUUCCAAACACUGGCAAUUUCAUAUGCCGCAGAUCUCUGCCCCACGCAUCUGAGAGGAUACAUGACUUCGUGGAUCAACAUGUGUUGGGUCAUCGGCGGUCUCUUGUCUACUGGCAUUCUCACUGGACUGAUGAAGAACACGACUCAAUGGGGAUACCGCAUUCCUUUCGCUCUCCAGUGGAUCUGGCCCAUCCCUAUCAUCCUAGCUACCUUCCUCGCACCGGAAUCACCUUGGUGGCUAGUCCGACAAGGUCGCAUCGAUGAGGCCAAAGCAGCGAUCCGCCAAAUCACUACACCUACAGACGGCGUUGAAUUCGACCUCGAUGCGCACGUAGAGAUGAUGGUUGUCACUGACCAGUACGAGAAACAAGUCGGUGCUGGAACCAACUACUGGCAUUUGUUCCGAGGAAGCGAUCUACACCGCACUGAGGUUUCUGCCAUGGCCUUUAUCACCCAAGCUCUCUGCGGUGUUCCCUUCAUGGGCUUUGGAACUCAAUUCAUGCAAGGCGUAGGCCUCAGUCAAGAUGACUCCUUCCAUCUAACCAUCGGUCAGGACUGCUUGGGUCUAGUUGGAUGCUUUAUCGCCUGGUGGAUCAUGACGCGCUUUGGCCGACGACCCAUAUACCUCGUUGGAUUGUCCGCCAUCUUCAUCAUACUUUUGAUUGUUGGCUUCAUCGGCCUAGCGCCGUCUACGAACAAGAAUGCAAGUCUCGCUGGAGGUGUUCUAAUCAUUCUCAUGAUCUUCUGCUUCCAGCUAUCCCUGGGACCCAUCUGCUACUCUCUUGCAGCCGAAAUCCCCUCGUCGCGCCUCCGUGUAAAGACUGUCGCACUCUCUCGCGCUUCAUACAACUCCAUUGUCUUCGUCACAAACACAAUCAUGCCGAAAAUGGUUGGCAAGAACGACUGGAAUUGGGGCGCGAAGGGUGGUUUCUUCUGGGCUGGUAUUGCACUUCUGUUCAUCGCGUGGGGAUACUUCCGUCUUCCUGAGCCGAAGGGUUUUACCUACUCUGAACUGGAUCUCAUGUUCGAGCACAAGGUUUCUGCGCGCAAGUUUACACGUGAGGCUGCGGAUGCGUUGAAGCCUGCGUUGACGGACGUCGCCAUGCAGUACGAGAAACAGAAUGGGGUCGAGCGCGUAGAGUCGCAUGCAUGA